AUGAUCCUCAUCUAUGAAUACAUGCCCAAUGGAACACUUGAAGACCACCUCCAUAAACUUCCCCAUUUCUCUUGGAUUCAACGACUCAAGAUCUGUAUAGGGGUUGCCUGUGGCUGGGCAGCUAAAAUUUCAGACUUUGGGUUGUCAAGAAUUGGCCCAACGAAUAAGUCAUCUACCUAUGUCAACCCACUUGUUAAAGGUACUUUUGGGUAUCUUGAUCCAAAUUAUUUCUUUACUGGAAGGUUGACUAGAAAGUCUGAUGUGUACGCUUUUGGGGUGGUGGUGUUGGAGGUUGGUUUGAUAAGAACACGUUCGGCCUUUUCAGAGGGUGCUGGAAUUGUUGUUGCUGUUAAAUGGUAUAAUCAAGAUCAUCCAGAAUGGCAAGGUUCUUACACAACGGUGAACGGUGAACUCGUAACAAUGAAAUUGAUUUUUACAGAAGGUGAAGGAAAGUUCGUCGAUUGUGCAGCAAGGGUUCUCAGCAUGUCUCGUGCAGCAAGCAUGUCUCGUGACUCACUCAACAUUGAUGUCUACCUUAAAGGUGUUUUUUUUCCUAAUCCCUUUAUUUACUUCCAUCAUCAUAAAGUACCUGUUAUGGGGCUAGAUGUACGUAACAUGGAUUUCAAGGAGUUCAAGACCUAUCUCCAAAAAUUGAUCAACAAUAGAUGUCGGGAUAUGUAUUACUGUCUUAAAAAUCGGUCCCUCGUAGAUGGGUUAAGGGAGCUCAGGGAUGAAGAUGAUUAUGUUAGGUUCCUUGAUUCUGGGUUUGAUGAUGAUAAUAAUCAAAUAAGCAUCUACAUUGAUGCCUAUCAUGAACCCUUACUAGAUUGGAUUGAAGAAGAAGAAAAAGCUGAAGAAUGGGACAGUGGUACUGAAACAUAUGAAGAUGAUGUGGACUCGGUAUUGUCGGAUGAUCUAUCGGUGGACCAUGAAGCUGAUGAUGAGGAUAUUCAAUGGCCUGAAGUUGUUGAUCCUUUUUUGUCACAGAAGAAUUUUAUUCCAGAAAGAGGCAUAGAGGAAGAAGCUGGUGAUAAGGCUAGUCCCAUGAAUAAGGAAAAUUCAUUCCAGAUCAAGUCACUAAUUGAUAAACAUAAUUGUGCUAGACAACAAAAAUUGGGUUGUCUUGUUACGUAUAAGUGGAUUGGAAAAAUGUUAAUACCUGAAAUUUUGGAAAGGCCUAAGUUUAGCUAUAGGAAAAUGGCAGAAGUGGUUAGGAAAGACAAUGGUCUCAAGGUAAGUCUUGGGCAGUGUAGAAAAGCCAAGUACUUUGCACUAGAUGAGAUUUCAGGAAAUUUGGUAAGCCAUUAUGAGAAAUUGUGGAAUUAUGGUGCUGAGUUAUUGAGGGUUAAUCCUGGGUCAACAGUCUUGAUCAAGACAAAUCAUACGCCUGAUGCUACACACUACUUCAAAAGGAUGUAG